CAGAGAGCGAACAGGGAAUAGGUGAUUGGUCAGCUGGCUAUAAUUCGUAUACCGAUUGUAGCGAUGUUAAUUCCGUACAGGGGAGACAGCCUAAUCCAAAUAAUCCCAUGGAGUACUGUUCAACUAUACCACCCUUGCAACAGUUAGCCGGCGGUUUGCCGCCACCACCGACGGUGAUGGUGCCUGUGGGCGUUCUUAAAAGAGAGGGUUCGAAACAUCGUGCAGAAGGACAGAAAUCCGUAAUGUUCAGUGACGCUUUGACUGGAAUAAGGCCUGGCUGUGACCUGACAGAGCUAGACACGUGUUGGGACCCAAAGCCACCGUACCGCAAGCAGGGAACUAAACGGAUUUUUGCCACGGGAUCUGCGGACACUGCAACGAGAAGGCAGCAUCAUCAUCCUCCUCUAGACAAUACGACCAAUAGUUAUAUUCCACAUGAUUCUAAUUUAUUGCCUCCGACUGUCACGAUACACAAAGGCCAUAUUACAUACCAUCCACCUAUGGACGAAGGUGUGCUCUAUAAAACGCUGAAAAACGAAUGCGAACCGUCGGUAAUGUUCGCGAUUAAUCGGAAUCUUUAUGCAUAUGUGAAGAUAACUAAUUUAAAUUGCUGCGUAAACAAGAUCUGCUGGAACGUGACGUCGAGAGGUCUUGCUUGCAUCGGUCAGGACGAAGUUAUUUUAUUAGUCGAGGUUUUACCAGAUGAAACACGGAUUCCAAAAGAUCUUCUGAUAUAUAUCAAUCAAUUAUAUCUCGAAGCUGUUAAAGGUAAUACAAUGACGGAACUCGGUUUCUCGGUAUAUCAAGGCACCAACCUGUUGGGCUCGCGCGAGCAUGCGGGUUUUCUUUUUAUUCGCCAGACAUUGCAGUGCUUGCAAAAGAUAAUUUUACCGCCCGCACCUUUCUUGAUUGGACUUUUGGUUCACAGGUGGGAAACCCCGUGGGCCAAAGUAUUCCCAUUAAGGCUUCUUUUACGUCUCGGAGCGGAAUAUCGUUAUUAUCCUUGCCCAUUGGUGUCCGUACGUUUUCGAAAUGCGUUAUAUUUCGAGAUUGGGCACACUGUCAUGAAAGUAUUAGCGGAUUUUAGAAAUUUCGGCUAUACUUUGCCAGGAGUGAGGGGCUUAACAAUUCACCUUAAAAAUCGUACGACAGACGUUAUGUUCCCCAAGAAUCGAUAUGACCAAGUUAUAAAAGGACUUCAUAAUUCGAAUGAUCAUGUCUUAGCUUAUGCCUCAAACUUUAGCAUAACCGCGGAUUCACAUUUAGUUUGCAUACAAACGAAUACUGGUGAUGAAAGCAGUUACCAAACGCAAGCGAUAAAUAUUCACAACAAGCCAAGAACAGUAACCGGCGCCAGUUUCAUUGUCAUCAAUGGUGCUCUAAAAUCUUCAAUGGGACUUUCUGCCAAGUCCAGUAUCGUUGAAGAUGGAUUAAUGGUAGAAAUAAUGCCAGAAAAAAUGGAAGCUUUGAAAGCUGCUCUCAAAAAUAUGCAAGAUUUUUCAAUCGGUUGCGGACGCCAGGGAGCACCGGAGCCAGACGAGACUGUAAAUAUAAAGUGGGUCGAAAACGACACGCUGUUUAACCUGGGUGUUAAAAGUCCUAUUGAUGGACAAUUAAUGGAUGGUAUACCAUCUAUUAGAGUACAUAAUGGCAUUGAUUAUAAAGGUGCAAGCCGAUUCAUACGCUGGACAGAAGUAUUCAUUAUAAAAUCAGAUGAUCAUUCGAAUGGCGUGAACGAUCCUGUGGAUAUAAACAAACUAUCUGGCAGCAUAGCAAAAGCGACGUGUGCAGCAUUGGUUAAAUUGCUGGAUCUUCUGGCAACAGCGGGUUUAACAAAACUCGGUGUGCGGACAACGAUUCAUCCAGAUAAUGUGGGUUAUGAAGCUGGAAGUGAGGGUACAAAACUACCGCCAAUAUAUAUGAAAAGUUUAGACAAUGAAUUAAUUCAAGUUUUACAUAAAGCUGUACAAAGCAGUCAGGAUGCACAUACAGUGCUUGAAUUGAUAUUCUAUGUGCUUGAGGAUUAAACAAGGAUACGUAAUGUAUAUUUCGCAUGUUUUAAUCGGUGAUGUCUUCAUCGGAGAAUAACUUUCAUUCAACUGGGAAGCUGUGCAAUUGCACUGAACAUCGUGGUGCGGUGAUUAUAUGAUCUGUAUGUUACUUUUUAUUGUAUACUUUGUUUUAUAAUUCAGGAUAUUAUUUUCGAUUUGUCCAUUUAUUAAGAUUGCCGAAUGAAAUAUUUGUAAUUUUAUCGCGAAAUAAGUCAAUGAUGUGCAUAAUAAUUUAUUACAAAUACGAAUCGAGAAUCGAAGGGAAACAGUAAUAGCGAUGUGCAGUGAUAGAAACUUCCAAUGUCUGUUGUCUCGAAAACUUUACCUUGUAUUUUUUGCUUCAGAUAAUAUACAUAAGAAUGAAUGGUAAUGUAAUGCAAAUAUGUGUAUCAUGAGUUACGAGAAGAUAACCUUCUCUUAUAGAAAGAUAAGGCAAUAUCGACACAUCAAUAGUGGACAGUUAUUAAUAUUGCAUUCAAAUUAUUAAUAUUUUAUUGAAGUUUUAUUAGCCGUAGAAAUAUGUUUCUUGCUUAAUUUUAAACGAGCUUCAAAUUUAUACGUAAGAAAAUACCGUUAAUUUUUUUACAGGAGAAAAAAUUAACAUUAUUUUGGAUAAGUAAUUUAUAUAUAUGUAUAGAUCUGUUGGCGCGCGCGUGCACGUGCGCGCAGUGAUAUGUAUUUUAGGAAGCUCAUGAUAGACAUUUGUUCGAUAUUGUAAUCAAUCAGAUCAGUCAGCAUCAAUCAAUUCAGUUAUGCUGAAUAAUACACGUUGUUUAUUGCCAAAGACUUACGCAGGUUAUACUAUAAUCUUUGUUAAUGUAAAUAUAGUAUCUGUCCUUUCUCGAUUGUUUUACGAGAUAUAGGGUGAUCACUUUACGUGCGGAAAUAACCUGCGACAUCUUCAUA